AUGCGAUUCCUGCGAAGGCUGACACGUCGAUUUCGCUCCGCCUGGCAGCGAAGACUUCCCGCAAGUUUCCGGCGAGGAAAACUCCAUUCCCAACUGGUGACAUUUUGUGUGUACGUGACCGUAUUCCUCAACAUACUUUACGGCGUUUAUCUCGGUCGCUUUUCCUUCAAGCGCAAAAAGUUUGUGUUUUCCAAAGGGGUUACUAUCUAUAGCUUGUGUUCGGCCACGUGUUUUGCACUGUUUUACAUCUGGAAUAUUUACAACGAAAUUUCCACCGGCCAGAUCAGCCUUCGAAAUACUAUUGGAAUAUACUGCUAUAUGAACGUCUGCGUUUGUCUGUUCAAUUAUGUGACACAAUGGGUAAAAACUUUGGAGAUAAUUCGAUUCCAGAACAGUGUUCCCCUUAUUAAGCUCCUCGAUUCGGUGGACAUUUCGGCGAUAAUUGUGUGGCGGGCAUUUGUGUAUAGCCUGAUCAAGAUCGUGUUCUGUCCGCUCAUCGCGUAUAUAACCCUGAUUCUAUAUCAAAGACGCUCACAUCCGGAAAAUCAGUGGACGAGUUUGGCGACCGUGAAGACCAUGUUGCCGCUGAUUGUAUCGAACCAGAUAAAUAAUUGCUUAUUCGGCGGCCUGGUAAUUGCAAAUGUGGUGAUUGCUGCGUUAAAUCGAAAGCUGCACGGCAUUGUUAAGGAGGCCAAUAUGCUGCAGUCACCUGUCCAGAUGAAUCUCCAUAAGCCCUAUUACCGUAUGCGUCGCUUCUGCGAGUUGGCCGACCUUUUGGAUGAGUUGGCCGAGAAAUAUGGCGUCACUGCCAGCCUCUCAAAGAAAUACCUUCAAUUCACGGAUUGGUCCAUGGUGAUGUCGAUGCUAAUGAACCUUCUCGGCAUCACCAUGGGAAGUUACAAUCAGUAUUUGGCCAUUGCGGAUUACUACAUCAACGAGGAGCCUUUCGAUCUCUUCCAGGCCAUUGUGCUGCUCGUAUUUCUGGCUGUGCCCUUCCUAGAAAUCGUCAUGGUGGCUCGGAUAAGUAACCAAACUUUCAUGGAGACCAGGAGAACUGGAGAACUCUUGCAGAGAUUCGAACUGCAGCACGCCGAUGCCCGUUUCAAGCAAGUGGUGAAUGCCUUCUGGCUACAGGUCGCCACCAUCGACUAUAAACUUAUGCCACUGGGCCUCCUGGAGCUGAACACUUCGCUGGUCAAUAAGGUUUUCUCUUCAGUCACUGGCAGCCUCCUGAUUCUCAUUCAAAGUGACUUGACCUUAAGGUUUUCUCUAAAAUAA